AUGCAAGAAAAACAGGUUACGCUUUGCAAAAGCUGGUCAACCUUUUGUGCUUCGAAUAGGAGAGAAGAGGUUCACCAUACCUGUCACAGUAUAAAGAUGCAGUCAGUGAUAGCGAUCGUUGGUACUGUGUUUUUGGCAUUGUACUUUACGAAUGUGCUUGCAAGUGACCGUAAUGUGGAGAAUAAAACUAUAGAAGGAAAUGGAAAAUUGCUUUUAAGUUCAAGCCAGUUGGAGGCUCAUUCGGGACGCAUUAUUAAUGGAAAAAAUGGCAAUAUCGCAACAUUUCCCUACAUAGUGCGUAUGCGUGUGAAUAACGUUGGUAUUUGUGGUGCUAGUAUUAUAACGUACACUCAUGUAUUCACCGCUGCUCACUGUCUGUACGACAAUCAGGAUCCUGCCUCGAUCACGUUGUACGGAGGCAGUGCAUCGCAGACCAGUGGUGGUAUCGUGUUUUUCGCUUGCAAAGUCAUAAUCCAUCCACAAUACGACCCCGAGACGCAGGAUUACGAUGCGGGGAUAGUUCAAAUAAAGAAGUCUUUUCAUGGAUACAAAAACAUUGCUCCAAUUGCUCUUCAAAAUGCAGAAGUUCCAAGCAAUACUUCCUGCUACGUGAUUGGUUGGGGGUUGACUAAUUAUGAUGUAAAAAUUACUCCAGACAUUAUGCAGUACGCAAUUCUGAAAGUAAUUUCCCCGCUGCAAUGUUCAGUCGCAUGGUCAAGUUAUGCUACUCCGCAAUUUAUUUGUGCUAAACAUACCGUUAACGAAGAUGUAUGCAACGGUGAUAGUGGAGGUCCAUUUGUCUGUAACGGCAAACUAACAGGUGCCACCUCCUAUAGUGGUCAAGGCUGCCGCAGCAAAAUGCCAUCAGCGUUUGUUAAAGUUACCGCUCCAGCCAUUCGUGAAUUCAUUCGUACCAAUGUUGGUAUUUAAGUUUGAAUAAACUGUAAUCUUAUUACAGAAAAUUUGUACACCGAAUUUUUUAUAAGACUGAUAACACCAUUUUAAUAAGACUGAUAACACUAUCAGGGCCGGUCUGGUGGUACAGUCGUCGACUCAUACGACGUAACAACAUGUCCGUCAUGGGUUCAAGUCCCGAAUAGACCGUGCCCCCAUACGUAGGACUGACUAUCCUGCUAUGGUAACAAUAAGUCACUGAAAGCCAAGCUCACUUCACUAGUGGGUACAGGCACAGGCAGGCCUUGACCGACAGCGGUUGUUGUGCCAAAGAAGAAGAAGAUAACACCAUUUGGUUUCAAAAAUGCAAUGCAUUUGAUUGUUGGUCAUACUGUUAUUGAACACCAGUACUGAAAUCAAUCACUAUUUUCUGCUUUUCGCAAUAAUCAAUAUCAAUAUUUGCU